GUCUCUCUGUGUUGUGAUUGUGAUCCCUCUUUAUAAGUCUACUCCACCGUUUCUCUCUCCCUUCAACCUCACCUCUGAGUGCAGGGACAAGGGACACCUCACCCACCCAACCCUGUUCCGUUCCCAGUUACCACCUCCUCCGUUAUCUUUUCCCCGUUGAAUUUCCUCUGAAGCUCCUUCAACUACAUAUCACUUUGAAAGGUUUUUUUGAUUUUGCUGACUCAAAACAAACCCCUUUUUUCGUAAAGAAAAAAAAAACAAACAAAUUCCUAACACUCUCUCUAAUGCGCUUCCUUUCAAGAAUCUAACCACAAUCAGUUUUUUGAUCAUCUUUCUUCAUCUUCCCUGCCUCUAGGGGGAGAAUCUGAAAUUGUUUGAAUCCUAUCCUUUCCACUUGAAUCUGAAAUUUUCAUCUUUUAUUUCCAGGGGGCAUAGUCCUUUGAGACCCAGAAAAAGAAAAAGAAAAAGAAAAAAUCUUUCAAAUCCCCUUUGACCUUCCACCACCAGAAUUGAAUUGAAUUCGUAUUUUUCCAUUUCUUGAAAUGGCAUCAUCAUCAUCAUCAUCCUCGUCUCUGAUCUCAAACCCAGUAACGAACACGGAACGGUCACGUGACUCAAAGAGGAGGAGGAAGAAGAAAGCUCAGCUGAAGCAUCAUCAUCAUCAGCAAGAAGAUCAGAUUCAGAGCCACCCCAAAUGGAAAUCCCAAGCGCAGCAACAAAUCUAUUCCUCCAAACUGCGCCAAGCCUUAGCCAGAGUCAACGUCGGCUCAUCCAGCUCGGCGCCUCGCCGAGUCCGCGAAGCCGCCGACAGAGUACUCGCCGUCACGGCCAAGGGGAGGACUCGAUGGAGCCGAGCCAUCCUGACGAACCGGCUCAAGCUGAAGUUCAUGAAGCACAAGAGGCAGAGGGUGAAGGUGCCAACCCGGUCCAAGAAGCCCCGGGUCAGCGUUUUCCGGUUGAAGGGGAAAAGUGUACCGUUUGUGCAGAGGAAAGUGAGGUUCCUUGGACGGUUGGUUCCCGGUUGCCAAAAAGAACCGUUACCGGUGAUCCUGGAAGAAGCCAUUGAUUACAUACCUGCACUUGAGAUGCAGGUACGAGCCAUGAGCACUCUCUUCAACCUACUAUCUGCUUCGGCUUCGGCUUCGGCUUCUGCGCCUCCUAGCUGAUAGACAUUUAUGGUUUCGGCGUGUAUGUAAUAUAUGCAAUGCCAGGUGUCCAAUUUUUUUUAAUUAUUCUUAUUAUUAUUAGUCUCGUUUUUUCUUUCGCCCUCAGUCUAUUGCAAGUUAAGCUUUCUUUCUGUUUAGCACACAUGUCUCUUUGUUUUUUUUUUUUUUUUUCCUAUCUUUCAAGCAACUCAAUCUCAUACUUCGGCUUGAAACGUUUAUAACAAUUUAUGGUUUAUUUGUAUCAUGCUUGAAGAAUGGGUAAGUAGGUUAAAAACCGAUCACAUAAUUGUAAGUUUUGCCUUG